AUGGCUAUGAACAUGGCGACAGAUGGAUCUCGCAGACGGCUCGAUAGCAAUAUCAUGAGCUGUCGCAUCAAGCUACCCAACGACAACAACGCGCGCCCUCAAUACGACACAGAACCCACCGACAUGGACGUCCCACUACAGUCCACGAGCCCCAGCUCCCGGCGCAACAAGGGCAAGCUGGCCGAAGCUAUGCAGAGCAUGGCAAAGCUCAAUCAUAACAUGGAGAUCGAUCUGCCUACCGAUCCUGAUGCCCAGGCUACCGUUACGGAUUUCCUCGACUUCACGGAGUACCUGCCUUCCGACAUGAUCCGCUCCCUGACCCUCAUCGGCAACCUCGAUCAAACGUAUACUAAGGCCUCCGCAGAGGUUCACGAUCUCACGACGACAUAUGGACAGCUUCCUACACUACCUGCGGAUUCAAAACCCGAUGCUACCAAGUUGCGCUCUGAGAUAUCGCAGAAUCUAUCGGAAGCUGUAGUGGCGCGCACGGCUUCGUUCGCUGAGGCUUGUCGCAUGGUCGAGAAUGCCGAGCGUCAUUAUAAUCGCAUUAAGAAUAUACAUGCUAAGCUAGUAUCGAUCGCUGAGACUUAUCCUCCUACUCGAGAACCCAGCCCCGUCACUCAAAAAAUCAAAUCGCCGGUUGUGAGCCGCCCUCCAAAGAUCACACUGCGAGUCGGCCCUUCCAGUUUGGACUCGAAUGUUCCCAAGGUCCACAAACACCGAGCACCGAGGAUUACAGUCCCUGGAGAAGUCCUUGCCCCAUAUGAGUUGGAUUAUGAGUCGUAUGGCUCUGAGGUCUCGGAGUCCGAGGAAGAGCAGUUUGUUACACCGAGAGAAACACCUGCGCGCAAUCUCGCUCCGGCACCGGGCAAAAUUCGCUUGAAGAUAAAUAAGGAGAAGAAGGAGAGACUCCCCAAGCCACCCCGCGAGAGUCGACCUCCUGGAUUUGGCACAAAUGUUCACAGUCAGGUUGCUGGUAUUUCUACAAGUAACGCGUUGAGGCUACUUGAUCCCCCACCGGAGAAUGCUCGGCCAGGGAGCAAGGAUUUGCCAUGGCUGGCGCUGAGUGAAUACGAACUCGGUGUUCUUAGGAAGAAGAUGAAGAAAAAUGCAGUUUGGGUCCCAAGCGAUACUAUGAUCAAGCGGGAGUUGAAAGAGAGGGGUCGGGGGAUGGAGGCUUAUUUAACUGCCAAACAUAUCGCUGAAGAGAAAGGCGAGACAAUCACCGUCCCGGAGCAACUUAUGGAAGGUGCUAUGGAUAACAAGGAUGCUCCAGCUGCUCCGGGUACACUCAGUGUCGAGGCUGCGAAUAAGGAUUUGGGAGCAGAGGAGAACUUGGUUAAUCGUGGUAUGAAGCUGAACGAGGCUAAGAAGGCGAAGAAGCUCCAACUGGAGAAAGAACGAGAAAAGGAGAUGGUGGAGGGAGAGGCUGCAGUGGUGGAAGCCACGCGUAGAGUCAAUGCCUCCCUUUCAAAGGCGAAUUUGGAAAAUCUAUUUACUCCCAACGACAAAUCUGGCGUUAAGGAGGCAAAACCCACCGCAAAGACACCAACCAGAAAGCCGGCAGCUCGAAAGCGCAAAAGAGAAUCAGAGGUACAAGCUUCAGUUGAUACCGAUCAGAUAUCUGGAACAGACACGGCGGCUAAUCCACGGCCGCUACUGAAGAGGACCAAGACAGAGACCCCCGUCCCUGCCCCUCUCUCUAUAGCCGCCAAACAGGCAACACCAGCAUCGGAGAAAUCCUCUAUUGCUGGUGAGUCGGCUUCAGUCACAGCAAAUAGUGUUGAGACACCUACGGGUACGGAGUCGCUAACUGUUCCUGUGCCAGUGGUAUCUCCCAAGAAGUCCUCGACACCAAUUCUACCGCCCCUUAGUUCGGCAAAGAGAGGAACCAGGAAAGACGUCAAAAAGCCAGAAACCCCUAUUUCGGAUCGACCUCGCCGGGGCUCAAAGGCGGCUACGCCUGCCCCGGCGCCUGUACAAGAACCCUUACCACCAAAACGGCCAACCUCAUCCCGUAGCAAAGCGGCUAGCAUCGAGCACGAUGUCUCCACUGCAACAGCAACCAUGGACCGUCCUCGACGCGCGAGCACAGCACGCAACACACCAGCGCCCGAGCCCCGACAACCGAGCAAACGGACUAAGCGUCCCGCACCCGGUGUUGUCACCAAGGGCUCCGAAGACUCCACUGCCGUCAGUGUUGGUAAGCGUAGUGCUGCGACGCGUAAGAAGGCUGGCACGAAGAAGGAGAAGAGGGAGGGGAGCGCGGUGCAGGAAAUCUUUGAUGAGAUUGAUGAUGAGGGCAAUAUUAUUGAUCCGAACGAGCCGCGGUAUUGCCUUUGCAAUCGUGUUAGUUUCGGGACUAUGAUUGGGUGUGAGAAUCCUGAUGUGAGUGAAGAGUUUUUACUUUCUCUGCCAAGCCCUCCGGAAGUGCAGCUUUGGAGUACUGGUGAAGAUGACAAAAAGGCUAACGUGCAUGAAAAGUGCGAGAAAGAAUGGUUCCAUCUCGAAUGCGUAGGUCUCUCGGAUAUCCCACCCCGUACUACGAAAUGGUAUUGUCCUGCAUGUCGCGUUACUCUGGGGAUUGGGGAGAAGGGCGAGGUGAAUGCUAGGGGUAGGAAGAAGUAA